CGCUGAUUCGACUUCGAGUCUCUCCGAUGGAUCUUAUAUGCAAUUCGUAUGCCAAUGACUCCGACGACGAACCUGAACCAGUGGCCAACGAGCUUUUAACAUAUGGAACCGCCGCCGCACCGUCUAUUCCUUCGAAGCGUUCAUAUCCGUUCCCAGAGGAGCGACAGUAUAAACCAUCUCGUAGACCGUAUCCUCCACCACACGGUUCCUAUUCGGAUCCUCAACCGAGCUCUUCGGUUACGUUGCCGGUUCCAGGUCGGUACGUAUCCAAGAGAGAGAGGUCACUUAUAGCCUCUAAUUCAACGAAUCCGAGUCAUGAUCAGAGUUCCGAUUUGAGUCAGAAACUAACCUCUAGCUCUCCUACUGUUCUCGGGAGUAUCUCUGAUUCUGAUGUGCCUCGCGAUGUUCUAUCUUCGGUUACACAUCGAGGAUCCUCGUCCCGGACUGAAAUGCCUAGUACGAUGUCGAUUUCGUUAACCGGUCAUACAAAGGCUGUUACUGCUAUCGAUUGGUCUACAACUCAUGUUCAUCUUCUUGCUUCUGCGGGGCUGGAUGGUGCUGUUUACGUGUGGAAUGUGUGGAGCAAUGAUAAGAAGAAAGUACGGGCGUUUCUUCAUCACAAUGCACCGGUUAAAGAUGUGAAGUGGUCAAAGCAAGGACUAUCUUUGCUUUCUUGUGGGUAUGAUUGCACGUCGAGACUAUUUGAUGUUGAAAGAGGGGUGGAAACACAAGCUUUCAAGGAGGAUCAGGUCAUUGGAGUUGCUAAGUUCCAUCCAGAUAAUUGCAACUUGUUUCUUUCCGGUGGGUCGAAGGGAAGUCUUAGGUUGUGGGACGUUAGGGCCAACAAAGUCGUGCAUGAAUACAUUAGAGAUCUUGGGGCAAUUCUUGAUGUUGAGUUUAUCGCGGGUGGGAAGCGGUUUAUCUCUUCAAGUGAUGUGUCUGGGAGAAAUAUAAGUGAGAAUGCUGUUAUAGUUUGGGAUGUUUCGAGGGAGGUUCCUCUAUCUAAUCAGGUCUAUGUAGAAGCAUACACAUGCCCCUGCAUCAAACGUCACCCGCAAGAACCAGUCUUCAUUGCUCAAUCACACGGAAACUACACUGCAAUCUUCUCAACAAACCCACCUUUCAAGCUCAACAAAUACAAGAGAUUCGAAGGUCAUUGGGUCGCAGGUUUUCCAAUCAAAUGCAACUUCAGCCCGGAUGGAGAAACCUUAGUCUCUGGCUCAUCUGACGGUUCCAUAUACAUGUACAAUUACAAAUCUACUGAGCUCAUUAAGAAGCUCAAGGCUUACGAACAUCCCUGCGUUGAUGUCACAUACCACCCCGUUUUGCCUAACGUGGUCGCAGCUUGUAGCUGGAAUGGACAAGUCUCUGUUUUUGAGUGAUCUCACAAUGGUUAGUUGUAGUAGUACAAAUAAAAUUAAAUUAUAGUCUCACCAUUGUUCUAGUAGCUUAGGAGAUGGUAGAAAACGAAAUAGAAUGGGGCAGUAAUUGUAACCAAUAUCCCUGUUGAUCUCGUCUAAGGUGAUUGUAUGAUUGCAAGAAAUUUUCAGAAAGAAAAAAACAAUAGAGAGGGGACAUGUUUGAAGCUUUGUCAGAAGGCAAAUUCAAUCAAUUUAAGGGUUUAACUUUUAAACGAGAUUUUAUUUAGU